CAACUCUGCAGAUAUCCCGGCAUAUAAAAAAGUGUCUUGGAAAAGAUAGAAAUUGCUGUAAAAUAUUUUUGGAAUUCACUAGAAAAUUAUAAAGUAUUUACUAACAAAAAGCUACGCAAGUGUUCAUUAUACAAAUAAACAAAACUACAAAAGUGAGUUAACUUUUCAUUUAACUCUAUCGUCAUAUAGUGGGGCGGAUAUUUAUGUCUUUAGAAAGGGAGGAAGAGAGAGAUUAUGAUGGAAACACAAAUUUUGUAUAUUUCUUUGGCGGUAUUCUUGGCCAUAUUCACUCCUACCUCGCUGGCCCUUAAAGAAGAAGAUUGCGAAGUUUGCAUUAAGACUGUCAGGCGUUUUGCUGAAACAUUAACUGAUGAAUUGAAAAAGGAUCACAAGUUAAUUGAAGCCGAAUUUAAAAAAUUCUGCAAAGAACAAAAAAAUAAAGAGCAGAGAUUUUGUUUCUAUUUGGGCGGCUUAGAAGAUUCGGCUACGGGUAUUUUGAAUGAAUUGAGUAGACCUUUAAGUUGGUCGAUGCCGGCCGAUAAAGUUUGUGAAAAAUUGAAAAAGAAAGAUGCUCAGAUAUGUAGUUUACGCUAUGAAAAGCAAAUCGAUGUAAAUUCUGUGGACCUUAAAAAGUUAAAAGUUCGUGAUUUAAAGAAAAUCCUUAACGAUUGGGAUGAGAAUUGUGAGGGUUGUAUUGAAAAAACGGACUUCAUCAAAAGAAUAGAGGAAUUGAAACCUAAAUAUGUUCACAGCGAAUUAUAAGUUGACUUGCAAGGGGAACACAUUUCUAAAGACUAAUCUCUAUUUGCGUUGCACAUUAUGUGUAAAACUAUAGUUUUUUUUUUUUUUUUCUUUUAACACACACAGUAAAAAUAUGUACCACCAGGAAAAACAAUUUUCGAUGUUUGAUAAAACAGUUUUCGUUUUUUUUUUUUUUUGUUAACACAAAAAGUUUAUUUAAUUCACAAAAAAAAAAACAAAAUAUGUCUAAUAUUUUCUUACUAAUAAAAAAAAGAAGGAAAAAGACAAUUGUGUACGUAUAUUAAAACUGUUACUUAUUAAACUAACAUUGAUUUGCAAAUUAAAUUCAAUUAGAUUUUUUUAGUUAGAAGAAAUAUCUCUGUGCAAUUAACUUAAAAUUAUUUUCAUUAAAAAAAAAAAGAUUUUAAUAAAUUAUUUCUAUAAAAAUUA